AUGUAUAGAAGAGGGGGAUGUAACAAUUUGCAGAGUUGGAAGGAAAGGUUUGUUGAGCUGAUGAAGGAUCAUAAACCACAGGAUAAGUGGACUUUGGAUUUAUUUGAAGACCUCAGUGCCAGGCAUUUACAGUCUGGGUGGUACACGUAUGAUCAGAAGCAGCUUUUUGCCAGGUUUGAGUGUUCCAUUUGUUUGAGAGAGUGGAAAUCUAUCCAGGUGGUCAUUCGCUUCCACAUGCGCCUGGACAAGAGCAGGUGGGGUCAGAGCCAAGGCCAGGUGAAGGUGAGGAUAUUCAGCCAGAAAUGUCGCCGAUGUACGAAGGCCAAGUACGAGGAGCCUAUCUUCAGUGAGGAGGCUGUUCAGAAACUCCUCCACAACUUGUCUCUGAAGAUCCUGGAGAAAUGCUAUGGACAAUCCCAAAAAAGCUUUUACUUCUUGAAACCUGAUGUUGAGGAAAAUGUGGAGGGUCCACAUGACAGAGACAACUGUGAGGCAUGUAAGGAGGGGAUCUGCUUGGCAAGACUUGCUUCCACUGCUCAGCCUACACAGCAGGAGGAAUAUCAGAACAUCUUUGGUUUUCUCCUUCUUGUGUUGUUGUUGAUGUUUUUCUUUGCAUUCUUUGCAUUCUUCUUCCAAAAGAAGUAG